UCCCCUUCCUUCCCGAUCUUCUCCUUUUCUUCUCUUCUGUUCUUCUUCUCCUUCUCUCAUCUCUCUGUUCUUCUCCUUCUCGAUCUUCUCUUCUGUUUUUCAUUAAAAAUCCCUAAACACUCCAUGAUAACUUGCUAUGAAGGAAAGACCAAAGAUGGAAAGGUAUUAAAAGAAACCUUACCUCACCUGGAUGAAUAAUAGUAUGUUGUCAACUCUAAACUUAGGGUUGCUCUCUGAUUGUUAUUUCAGGAAUUUGAGGUGACCCUAUUUGGAUUUUGUAGAGAUAUCUGUGACCCAGAUUGAGAUUUCAUGGACACUGUGGUUAAUUCUUUCAAGCCUUGGUAACGAAAUUUGCCACCUUACUCAUCUUUACUACUAACUUGAGUUAAGUUCACUCAAAGCCUUUGUUUAUAUAUAUAUUUCAACUUUUGAUUUUAGCGUGGGUCAGAAAGUUUUGUGAGCUUUUCAGAGUUUUGGUUUUUGACAGCAUUAAAAGAAAGUCUUUCUGAGUAGGUUUUUUGAGAGGUACAAUCGAUGUAUGUUCACUUUUGAGAGGCAAGGGGAAAAGAGCAUAGUUUUGUUCUGGGUUCUUUCUAGAAGUGGUUGGGAUUUGUACUGGGAAAUUUUUGUAAGGAUUGAGAGUGAUCUUUUCUAGAAAGCUGAGAGUGUAGUAUUCUUUAUCAUAGUGGAACCGUGGAGACACGAGAACUGGGUGUAGGUCACUGAUUUGGUGGCUAAACUAGUAUAAAAUUGGUGUGUUUGUUCAUUUCUUCUCUUUUAUUUUCCGUUCUUGAUUAAUUAAGUUUUUUCACAACUUGUUUUUGUUCUGUUUUUACAACAAAAAUCAGAGCCAGGUUUACGAUCCCAAAGGAAUCAAGAAAGUUGUGAUUGAAAGGUGUUUGUGAAAAGGCCCAAGAGGAGAUUCAAGAACGUGUUAUUGAUGGCGACGAGUUCUACUUUUACCAAAUUUGAUCUUUAUCGUUUUAGUGGUAGUGGUGAUUUUAGUCUCUGGAAAAAAAAGCUGAAGGUUGUUCUUAUCCAUCAAAAUUUAGAUGGUGCUUUGGAAGAGGAAACUAAAUUGGCGGAGACCAGGAAAGCUACAGAGAUUAAAACUGUAAUGAAGAAAGCAAGAUCAACUAUUAUCAUGCAUCUCGAGGACAACGUUAUAAGGCAGGUUAUAGGUGAGGAUACACUGAGUGGUGUAUAUGUCUGGUGAGGACGAUACACAAGAUCGACUACAAAAGAUUAAAGACUAUCUUGAGGCAUCGUCCGCUUCACACUCUUCCAGAACUAUCACUGAUAAUCCACUAUUUCAGCGUCAUUAUCAACGUGCAGAGUCUGUUAAAGAGCCAUUAUCGUCUGACAACGAAUCUGAUUCUGAUGAUUCAGUUCGAUCCUAUAGAAAAAUGGCCCAGCAAAGGACGUUGAAAGAGUUGGCAGCGCCAGAUCUUGACCAACAACCGCUUUGCAUCCAGUAUCCACCUUUGGAUGUUAACUUGAGUUGAAGUCGGGCCUCAUCCACUUAUUGCCUUCUUUCCAUGGGCUGCUUGGUCAGGACCCAAAUAAACAUUUGAAGGAGUUUCAUAUUGUCUGUUCUAGUAUGAAACCUGCUGCAGUGACUGAAGAAAAAAUUAAGCUGCGAGCUUUUCCUUUCUCCCUGAAGGAUGCAGCUAAAGAGUGGUUGUACUAUCUUCCACCUGGUACUGUUAAAACAUGGAAUAUUAUGAAGACUAUGUUUCUGGAACGAUAUUUUCCAGCAUCUAAAGUUGGAAGCAUCAGGAAAGAGAUAUGUGGUAUAAGGAAAUAUACAGGAGAGUCUUUGUAUGAAUAUUGGGAGAGAUUUAAGCGGUUGUGUGCUAGUUGCCCUCAUCAUCAGAUAAGUGAACAACUCCUCAUUCAGUACUUUUAUGAAGGAUUACAAUCACUGGAUAGGAGUAUGAUUGAUGCAGCCAGUGGGGGUACACUAGUUGAUAAGACUCUUGCUGCAGCCAGAAACUUGAUUUCUAAUAUGGCUGCUAACUCACAACAGUUUGGCAUUCGCCAAGAUCCUACUCCACCACCCAAAUCAGCUAAUGAAGUAAGCACCUCUAAUGCUAAUUAGCUUGAUCAACAAUUGGCCAAAUUAACUGUAGUUGUACAACAACUUGCUUUAGGCCAACAGGUGAGGCCAUGUGGAAUCUGUCAGGUUGUGGGGCAUGCUACUGAUACUUGCCCUACUCUAUUUGAGGGAGAGAUUGAGGGUGUUAAUGCUGUAGGAAAUUUCCCUGGUCAACUACGUCAGAUGUACUAUGAACCAUUUUCACAAACUUAUAUCCUGGUUGGCAUGAUCAUCCAAAUCUUCGUUAUGGGAAUCAACAACAAGUUGCUCCACAAUCUACAUCUGUGAGACCACCUGGUUUCACUUUUCAACAACGGUCUCAACAUAAUUUUGUACCCAUACCAUCGCAAGCAUCGCAAGCUGCUCCACCACCAAGUGCCAAACCUUCCACUGAAGAUUUAAUCAAUGCAAUUGCUACAAAUAUGCUUCAGUUUCAUAAAACUACCCAAGCGUCCAUAAAAAGUUUGGAGAAUCAGGUGGGACAACUAGCGACAUCAUAUGAUAGGUUGGAAGCUCAUCUUUCUAAUAAAUUGCCUUCACAACCUGAGAGGAAUCCCAAGGAGAAUGUAAGUGCGAUAACACUACAAAGUGGUAUACAAUAUGAGCCACCACACAACCUUUAUUGCCAGCUCCAGUGCAAAAGCAAGUAGUAGACAACUCCAUCCAUGAUGAACCAUCAAUGCAGAAAAAGUCACAUAAACCAACUAUGCCAACCUAUGUCUCUCGUCCGCCUUUUCCAAGCACAUUGAAAAAUUUUAAGAAAGAGGAAGCUAACAAGGAAAUUCUUGAGACUUUUCGCAAAGUUGAGGUAAACAUUCCAUUACUUGAUGCUAUUAAAAAAGUGCCACGUUAUGCUAAAUUUUUGAAGGAGUUGUGCACGAAUAAGAAGAAAUUGAAGGGUAAUGUAAAUAUAAGUGUGGGGGAGAACGUCUCUGCUGUUCUCCAAAAGAAGCUGCCACCAAAAUGCAAGGAUCCUGGAACCUUUAGAAUUCCUUGUAUGAUUGGGAAUAAAAGGAUUGAGCGAUGUAUGGUAUAUUUAGGAGCAUCGAUUAAUGUCAUGUCAUAUUCAUCAUAUGCUUCUUUAAAUCUUGGGCCACUAAAGGAGACAAGAGUUAUUGUUCAGCUGGCAGAUCGCACUAAUGUUUAUCCUUUAGGGGUAGUUGAAGAUGUGUUGGUAAAGGUUGAUGGACUUGUCUUUCCAGCAGACUUCUAUGUACUUGAAAUGGGGGAUGCAUCAAUACCCAAUCCGACACCAGUUUUAUUUGGGAGGCCAUUCUUGAUGACAACAAAUACAAAGCUGGAUGUUAGAACAGGAACACUGACAAUGGAAUUUGAUGGUGAAGUUAUCAAAUUCAAUGUGUUUGAUUCUCCUGGUAAGAUUAAAGGGAAGGAGACUUCAUUGAAAUACCCAACAUAAAGAUCUUGAGAGCGGCAUUUAGUCGAGCUAACGACGUUAAA